UAAGCUUAUCCACCCACCCAAACCCAGAGAGACCAAAAACCCUCGAGCGCGCGAAACCCAAACCCAUCCCCGUCCGGCAAUUCACCUCCUCGAUGGAGGUAGAUACUCUUAAAAGUGAGCAUCAGGAAGAAGAAGAAUAUGUAUUGCUUGAUCUUGAUUCUGUUUACUCCCAGCUUGAAAUCCGGCCAAACGCACCAUAUGUUCUUUCUGGUCUGGAUACAAUGCAACCGGUAUUGGUUCUAGAUGGCAAAUUUAAGCUGGUCGGGCAAUGGGAUGAGACAAUUGGGACAUGCCUUCUAUUCAAAGAAGAAGAAGCAGUUAGCAAGAAAACAUGUUAGAACCACACAGACCGAUGAAAACCUGAAAAUUUCACCUUUAAAACCACAUUCGAGUUGUCAAUCACCGGGUCAGGACCUUAAUCAACGCUACCAGGUUGUGGAUUUAUGUCCUUGCUGUACUCCAUCACAUACCCCCACCUAAAUUUUUCAUUGAGUUAAAUUUGCAUAGUGUCAGUAUUCCAUUGGGUUAUAUUGUGAUUCCCUUCUGAUUAUAAUUGAAGAGUCCUAUGUAGGUUUUUAAUAAUCUUGUGUUCACUUUCAUAUUUUUUCUACAUUAAUGAUCCACAAACUAGGGAGAUCUUGAUUUUUUGACUGCAAAAGUUGAGUAGUCCCUUGGCUGUUAAUAGAUAUUCUUACUGUUGUCUGAAGCAUUUUUAGCAAAAAAACAAGUCAUAACCUUUUUUCUCCUCUUCAUGAUCUACACUUUAAAUCGAAUGCCAAAGUUCGCAUUAAAUCAAAAUAUCACAGGAAAAAAGGCAUUGGAAAUGCUUGUCAGAUGUUAUUGUUUCUUAUGCUGUUUUAAAUCUGCUUUCAUUAGUAGAGUUGAGCUCUAAUCAGCUUCGUGUAUACUGAAACAAUUUG